AAGUCCAGCAUCCGGCUCAUAUGUGUCUGUUGAAACUCUGUAAAAACUAGGAUUAGAGGUCUUGUAAAGAAAGAUUUUCAGACUGGUGAAUGUGUUAUUCUAAAUGUUAAAUUAUCUACUUAAAUAGUUUUUUGUUUUGUUUUUUUUUCUUUUUAGUAAUCGCACUGGAUUAAACCAGAGUUCUUACUGAACACAGUCUGUGUGUUUGUUAGAGGAUGAGCGUGUACCUGCUAAUCCUGUGUUUGGCUUUGCUGCAGCAGGAGGGGAGAGCCAGGCCCGACCCACCAGGCUGCAAUAGCCCUGAUGCUGUGAGAGUGGCAGAAGAGGCCCUGGAGCAGAUCAACCAGGACAGGACAGACGGUUACAUCCUGAGCCUCAACAGGCUGUAUGAUCUCUCUUACACUCCAGAACAGGAGAAAGGUGGAUCACACUACAAAAUGACUAUUGACGUUAUGGAGACCAAAUGUCACAUCACUAGCAGGAAACCAUGGAAGCAAUGCAAAGUCAGAGGUAUUGGAGAUAUUCCAGUGUAUGGAGAGUGUCAGUUAUCUGCCUACGUUGGCACUCAAGUCAAACUUCAAAGCUACUCCUGUGCACUGCGUGAAGUUCCUGCUACUGCGGUGGUGCAUGUGUGCCCAGACUGUCCCACGGCUGAAAACUUGAAUGAGCCCAUCGUCAAGGAGACAGCCAAUCUCUCCCUGCAACGGUUUAAUGAAGAGAGUCGCCUGGCUAACUACUUCACUCUGGAGAACAUUACAAAAGCCAGUUUACAGUGGGUUGUUGGCCCAUCCUACUUUGUGGAGUUCACCAUUCUGGAGACCGUCUGUUCAAAGGAAGCAGGAGCCAGCGAACUAAGCAGCUGCCAACCUAUGGACUGUCAGUUUGCUCAUAGAGGCUUCUGUUUAGGGUCCCACGUGGCUCAUGAGGAGCAGGUUGAACUCAGAAACCCUGUUGGCAAAAAGAGCAGCUUCUUUCAGAACAAGAAACCUGUAGAGGUGGAGUGUGAGAUCUAUGAACCUCAGGCUGCUACUUUAGAGGAGCAGGCACACGCACAAGCAGACAAUGGACACACUGAGCAUCAGCACCACAAUCACACACACCUUCAUCCGCAUGAACACAUGCACUCAGUCACACCAACCUCAGACAUCACUGUCUCCAAACCAAGGCCAUUCCUUGGUACUGUGGUGGAUCAGCCUGCCUCUCCUAGAUCCUCUCCAUCCGCCAGCUCCUGCCCCGGUCCCCGAAGAAACAACCUGGGUUUAGAAAGACUCAAGCUCUGAUUUCUGGACAGAUCUUUAUUCAAUGACUGAAGCUUUAUCUUGUAAUUACAAAGAAACAAAUCUGAUAGUAACUUAUACUCAAAUCCUUCCUGUAAGUUAUCAGAUUGGCUGUUUGAUUAAAGUAUUUUUCUCUAGAAUAUCUCUAACAUAUUAAAUCUAAUAUAAAUGCCUCAUUCAUUUGCUAAAAUGAAGUAAAAAGAUCUUCCUCUGUCUGAAUUCUUUGCUAACAAAGACUUGUCUUGAAAUAAAACAUUAAGAAAUAA